UUAAAAGUUAUCAUAUUGAUUCUCUUAAGUAAAAGGGUCAGGGCCGGUUCAAUCAGAAUAACUUAUAAAGGACGUAGAUAUCUUUAGCAUUUGUGAAUCUUGGAAAGUUGUAUAGUUCUAGGGGUCAGGGCCGGUUCAAUCAGAAUAACUUAUAAAGGACGUAGAUAUCUUUAGCAUUUGUGAAUCUUGGAAAGUUGUAUAGUUCUAGAUGUUAUGUUAGUGCCUGCAGAAAGUGAUAAGCUUCAAAAUGCAACUACUGCUUUUAGGUCUCGCUUUCUAGUGGGCAGAUAACUUACUCAACAAUGAGCAUUUCUUAAGCUUUCAACAUUCUAGGCUAAUAUGCAUAGAUGCCAAAUUCAUAUUCGAUUCUCCCAAAGUGGUGAGAAAGCUGAGGGAAGAGAAUAUUAGGAUUAAGGUUAUAUUAAUGAGGAAUCACCAAUAGUUACUGGUGUAUGAAAGUUUUCUAAUAAUUUGACUCGAAUAAUGUUGUGUACACUAUUUUUCCACCUCCACUUUAUUAGAGACCUCCAUUUUAUGAGAUAAGGUAGAAAUGAGAGAGAAAUAAGUAAUAUGAUUUAUGAUAUGACAAUAAAAAUGUGUUACGAAAAAAAUAGAAGAAAAAAUGAGGUGUAUAUGUACCAGUACCAUUACUCAUUGUGCAGGGUGUUUCUUUGUUUGGAUUACUUAAAAAUGAAAUCUGUUUGAUUCAUUUUGCUGCUGUAAGUUUUACAUUUUUAACUUUGUUCUGUUGUAAUAAUUACUCGAGCAGUAAUAAUUACAUAGUGUUCCAAAAUGACAAAUGUGUUGCAUUGAAUGAAUUUGAAUGAAGUCCCACAUAGAAAGUGGAGCAACGGCGCUUGAGGCACUUUAGCACGACGCAUCGACGGCGACGGCAACGCGGUUGCCGUAACGUCCGUUUGUUUUUUGCUCGUUUUGAAUUUGAACUUUGCGACUGUUGGGAACAGACAUAUCUGUUGGUAACAGACACAAUAUAUGAAAGGUCGCAACCUUAUAUAUUGUUCUAUUUUUUACUUAUAAAUACAGUGCAUGUUCAGAAUUCCAUACACAAUUAUAUCCUCUGAUUUUCCAGAAAACCACUUCCCUUCAUUUCGAGUUUUCAUUAGUCUUGUGCAAACUCGAAGCAAGGCUGAUUAUCCUGGGUAUUCUUGCAUCCAAACUCUAAGACGAAAUCAAAGAGUGCUUGAAAUACUUUAAGGAAAGUGAUUUCAUCACGAUCAAGCCUAUUCAUUUUUAACAAUCUUAAAGUAUUUACAAAUGGCUACUGAUGCUUCUGUCUCCAGUAUCAAAGUCAUGAACCAAGAUCUGGUAAAACUUGAUCGCUUCGUUGGAACAAAUUUCACUCGCUGGCAAGACAAGAUGAUGAUUCUAAUGAACUUAAGACCGAAAGAAAGAAGCGCAGAGAGGAAGAGUUGUUGUGCCGUGGACAUAUUCUGAACACUCUCUCCGACCGCCUCUAUGAUUUAUACAUAGACACUCAGUCCGCAGUGGAAAUAUAGAAAGCAUUGGAAUUCAAAUUCAAGGCUGAGGAAGAAGGGUUGAUAGCAAAGGUUGGUCUCGGUGUGGAUACACGCGUAGAAUCUUCAUAAAUUUGAAGAAAACUUUCAAGGUUCAGUAACUACAACCGGGUACGCAAUUUAUUUGCAAUUUUCAAUGACAUAUAUAAUCUUGAACACAAAUAGAUCUAAGUUUAUUUCGCUGUGCGUGUUGUGAACACCAUUAAAGUUCUUUCAAUUGGUAUCAGAGCAUGAGUUUUGUGUUUAAAUUAUAUAUUUCACUUGUCUGGUUGCGAUAUCUGAGUUAAACAGAUUAGAGUGUCCUAGCAUGAAAUGUUUGUGGAAAAGUUGUUUCAAAUCAUUUCUCUGUUUUUGGAUGCACACUCGCUAUUUGUUGUGUGACUGGUUAGACAUGCAGUGUGGUACAUAUAUAUACCUCUAUUUGUUCCGUUUUCCAAAUUGAAUUUGGUUUACAUGCGUACUGUUUUCAUUCUUGUCCUCUAUGUGAAUUGGUGACAUGUAUUCGUCUUAGUCAAAUUCUAUGAAACCAAUUAGUGUAUGAAAAUCUAUUUGUCUUCCUUUCAUUCAAUUGUAUUUAUAAGCAUAGAGAAGCAGGUUAUUAGAUUGAUAUUCUACCUUAUUUAAUUCAAUGUAAUUGUUACAUGUGAAUGUGAAUAAUUGAUGUUCAAAUUCAUGUUAGAUAUGUAAUGUCUGAUCCUAUGCGUUCCUUUUAGGGAUGAUUAGUUUAAAUUAAAUAUAAUGAUUGUCAGUAAAUUUUCCAACGGUUACUUUAGCCCAACGGUUGGGGAAGUUAUGUAUUUCCUGUAUGUUGUGUGUCCGAAUCCUAAGAGGCUUACAUUUUGGGAACAAGAUUGCUUACGGACCAUUGUGACAGUUGGAAACUAUUGUGAUGUUUGGGAAACGUUAUGUAUUUAUUUACUUGACAGUCUUAUUGUGAAGUUUUCAUUUUUCCUGUUCUGUUUCCUUAUGGCAUUCUAGAUUAGCACAUAUUGGUAUUAGUACUAUGAAUAGACUAAUUAGGCUUAAUACAUCAGAAGGCCCCUGUAAUUGUAAAGGGAAUCAAAUCCAGGGCCUAGAAAAUUUUUGCAUCAAAUUGGGUCCCUAGAAAAAAUUUUUUAAUUCAAUUAAGGCCAAAGUGUGCCAGCUCUCAAUUUUAUCCCAGUCAGCAUUUCCACGUGGCUUUUAUUAUUAUUUUUUAAUUUAAAAAAUAAUUAAAAAUUAUUUUUAAUUCCAUCUCAGUUAAGUAAUCAGAAAAAAAAAUUAAAAAACUUAAUAAAUAACCUAAUCUAAUAAUCUAACUAAUAAACUAAUCUAACCUAUUCUAAUCCCAAAUCUAAUAAUCUAACCUAAUCUAAUCUAAUAAUCUAACCUAAAACAAAGCAUCAAAUUGAACCCAAUCCCAAAUUCCCAAUUGAACCCUAACUGAGGAGAACGAAGAACACGAUUGAGAGACAGCUCCACGAACGAGAGAGUUGCAGGAGGGAGGAAGGAGCUGAGCGAAGGGUGAAGAACGACAAGAAGAGAAGCGAACGAAGCUUGUUGGGUCGACUGAGAUGAAUUCUCAGAACCACGAAGCAUCGAAGAACCCAAGGCUCAGUGGUCGUUCAUCCACAUCUUGUCCUUCACCCUCACUUUCAUGCAAGACCUGUGGCUGUGGGAAAGAGGUAAUUCUCUACCGAUCCAAUUCCAAGAAUAACCCAGGAAAGCUAUUUUGGAGGUGCCCUGAUUGGAAGGAGAAAGGGACUUGUGGUUUUUUCGAAUGGGAUAAAGGUGUUGCUGCUGAAGAUGGUAUGCAGGGUUCUUCAAAUCUGAAUGAAGACAUAAAUGACAUUAUGGAAAAAAGGAUUGCUAGUUUGAGGGAAGAUGUUAAGGAAAUAGUGCACAGGGCAAUUAUUAAGUUAUGUGAAGACAUGAAUGAGAAGGACAACAAAAUUGAGAUGAUGAAGAUGAAGCUGGAAACAGAGGGAUUGAAGAUUAAUGUGCUCUUGUUCUUUUUAGGCAUUACUUUGGCUGUAGCAGUGUCAAAGUUUUUCUAGGAAUGGGGUGUGGUGGAUUUAGGGCUUAGGUUCUUAUGUGUUGUCCAAGUUGAACUUCUUUUGUCUGCAUUGUAUGGCUUUUGUAUUUUGCCAGGAUUGAAUUGAAUGCAAAAGGUCCUAUGUAAUGAAUGCAACAUCCAGCAUGAUUAAAUGCAAUGUGUUCUGGUUGUUUUGAACAUAAAGUAUGGUCUUCAAUUUUGUUAUGUUUUCCCCUGCAAUGUUCCAUAACUCAUGCACACAAUAAAGUAUACUUGCUGCCCUGUUUUGGCAGUAU